AGGGAGGGAGGAUUAGAGAGAGAGAGAGAGACGUGCGUGUUUGGGUAAGUGUGUAGAAUAUUUUUUUUGGCGUCAAAAGAAAAAAAAAACAACUACGCAGACACAGAUAUAAAUAGUGCUGUGUAAGGAGAGGAUGUGAACCCUCGAGAGUGUUCGGUGAAGCUGAGAGAGAAACCUGACGCCCGAGAGCAUGGAAGUGAAAGAGCAGCGCGCGGACGGAGGCGAGACGCACGAGAUUUAUACCAUGCUCGUGGAGCCAGACGCGUUAAUGCGCAACCAGCGCAGGCUCCGGAGGGAGAUCUGCGUCAGCCGCAUCGUCCUCAUCGUCCUCCUGGGCACAUGCAUGGCGCUCUGUGCCGCUUUUUACGUUCUGCAGGUCCACGGAACCAAGCAUAUUGAAACCCCAGACAAGGAAAAGGCAAACGAAACGUUGGCAGAACGUCAAACUGGCAAUAGAGACGAAAAGGUGGAUGUUCCGAUAAUUCCCGUUGCCGUUGCCUACUUGAAACAACAUACCUAUUCAGCAAACGCAACCUUGAAAUGGGGUGGUACUAGUGUGGGCUUGAAAGGUUUCAGCUUCAGUGACAGUGAUGAGUCUCUGAUCAUCCCUCAAGAUGGCAGGUACAGAAUCGGCCUACAGAUAACGUACAAAGGUGGAAAACAGGAAAAGCAGAUCAACCUGGCUCACAAUAUCACCAAGAUUUCAGAGUGUUCAGGGGGAAUUGAUCCCAUUCCCAUUCUGACCGUCCAUGAAACCAUUUACAUUGGGGAAUCCUGGAUUAAAUCUGUGUUCUCCGACAUCAUCCAUGUUUUUUGUAAGGAUGAUAAAAUCAGGGUGGUGGUGGACAACGCCAGUGUUCUCGACAAUGGUGGACAACUGGACCUCAAAUCCUUUCUCACAGUCCAGUUUAUUUCUGGACUUUAGCAGAGCUGGCUCAUCUUAUUUACCAACUUAUUCACCACCCUUAUUCACUAAACUAAUCAAAGCUGACUAACAAAGCUAACGUUCCAGAGUGUGAUUGGACGGCUGUGACACAUCUGUACUGUAUUUUCCUCUGUACCCUUUUCUGUUCUCGGCUAUUAGCAGGUGCUGUUUUUGUUACAGCUAAGUGAAUCGUAGUAAUAUAAUAUCGUACAGUGCCUAAGUUUGUGUGUGUGUGUGUGUCCGUGUGUGUGUGUGUUGUAAUGGUAGGCUUGGUAGGCUCCAGAAGAUACACUGAAGAUACACUACCAUUAACUUGUCAUAGGUCCAUGUGUCACAGGACCGUAAUGUUCCCUUGUUAUUUGUACAAAUUUAACCAUUGUUUGAUCAUUUUUUUAACAAGAAGAGAAUCAAGAAGUAUUUAAAUUAACUUUACAUCUAUAAAAUGCAAAAAAAUUGCCAUAAGGCAACAUUGUACCAUAACUGACUGCCACAAUUCUAUAACACAUUUGUUAGUAAGCGAUAAAGUGACUUUAAAUUAGAUGUGAUUUUUUAAUAUAUUUUUUAUUUGCACUACAAUCAUAAAUAAAUUAUUUUAAACAAAUAUAUAAGAAUAUGUAAAAGGUGUAAGAAAUGUUUUAGGGACAAAGAACAAGUAGAGGGAUUGAUGUGAUAGAGGUACAGCGGACACCAUUCGGCUAAAGCAUGGUAUUGGUGCUAAAAAGUGUCUCACCCAGGUGAAAAAGGGAAUUUUCAGAUAGGGUCAUAUAACACCGGUUUUAUAAUACUUAAUGCUUCUUAUCUCCCCAUUCAUGAUUAGGUUUUUUUGUAUUGUAAAUACGCAUAUAAAUAUAAAAUUUUAUAUUUAUAGCAGAUAAAAUUUUAUAUUUAUAGCAGAUAAAAAGAAACACAUUUGUUAAAUACAGCACUUUUCAUGCCCUUUUAUGUUUGUAGUGUCCAUUACUUUUUUGAAUUUCAAUGAUCUUAACUAUCAUUCAGAUGAAUUGUUGAGAUAUUUUACAUGGUUACGGACACUACAGAUUUUUAAAAAAAGCUAUUUAAUCUUUUACCAAACACCAAUUUAAACCAAAUUUUUACAGGCAGUGUUGGGUGAAAAGGAGUACUUGGAUUACUUUUUUGAUGCAAUGAGUAAUCUAAUGCGUUAGGUCCGUCAUUUAAGUACUCAGUUAUUUAGUUACUUUUUCAAAAUUGUAAUCCGUUAUUCCGACAAUUUAUGUAAUCCGUGAGCCAGACAGCAGUCAUUCCCAAUUCCUUGUGUGUGUGUGUGUGAGAAAGUCGUCCUACAAGCCCUGCCCCGAUACCCCCCCCCUUGUUAGUCCUGCUGUUAUAGCCCUAUCUUACUUAUGCGCUUUGACACAAAAAAGUUUUCAUGUUUUGCAAUAGAAAAGUACUCUAACUAGUUACUUUUAUCGGAAAAUAAUGCUGUAAUGUAACUUUUUAAUGACAGUUAUUUUAUAAUGUAAUUACGUCUCCCAACACUGUUUACAGGUAAUUUGCUUCUAUAAGCUUACACAAAUUUUAGUAUCGAUACUUAUAAUGUUUAAUUAUUGAAAAAAAGAUUAAAAAAGAAUAAUUCUAUAUUUUGCAUUUUAAAUGCAAAAUAUAGAAUUAUUGAAGUGAGACAGUAUAACACUGAAAAUGCACAUAUAAAAUCAUCGUACCUAAACAGCAACUUGUAAUUUUUUAGGGAAGCAAGAUUGGUCCUUUCCAUGUUGUAUAAACUCCAGAAGUAGCUUCUUUGUCCACACACAUUUUUUUCUGUAUUAUAUGUAUAACAUACAUUAAAAACAAACAAACAAUAUAAUCAGCACCAAUAUUGUUUUGGCCACAUUUGAGAUUAGGGCUUUUAAAUUGAUUUACAGCAUCCUUUAUAGUAUAAUGUUGCCUUAAAAAAAAAAAGUAUAUUGAUUUUGUCAAAAUGUUUAAAUUAAAAAAACAAAACAAAACAUGUAAUUCCUAGAAGCUAAAAGUAUCAAAUGUCUAUCAUAGAGUUUUUUAUUAAUUUUUUUUUUGUAUAUUUCGUGAUUAUCUAUAGUAACAUUACCAUACAAAAAACUAAACAAAACCUGGUGCUUAACUAAGCAGGUACCAUUUAAGGUGCUGGUCAUCGAUAAUGGAAAGGCCUAGAAGAAGCACCAACGCAGGAAGCGGUGUGUAUGGCUAAAAACGUAGGGCUGCAGCCGGUCGCGCUAGCUAAGCACAAGCUUACUCAGGGCGUACAUUUGAUUCUUACCAUCAAGAUGUCAAGAGAAGUUACAAAUAGGUGUGGUGUAGAUAUUCUGUUUCACCAAGCAAAGUUGCGCUAAGUUUCUGUAUAUAGGAUUUAAGUCGCUAGACACCUGGGCGUAUUUUAGUUGCUAGCUGCUGAAUUCACACAUUCGUUUUCGUUUGCAAAAAUCCGAUCAGAAAAUAUUUAACUUUCCUGAGGAUUUUCCUUUAAAAUUACAAAAUUACAUUCCAGUGUAGCCUUUACAUUUAAAUAAUAAGUUUCGAAGGUGCGAUAUUACACUACAUAUUAAAAAGGAGUGAAAGAAGGCACCUUUAAAACUUAGUUAUAAAAUUCUUUCAGGGUCCUUUUAGUGUCUUUAAAUGUGAAUGAGCUACUGCUCCCUUCAGAGCGCCUUGCGGAAAUGCAUUGCUUUUGCCAGUCAGAACAGAGGAAAAUUUAAGUCUCUUAAAAUGCUAAUCUAAGCUAGACAAAGGGUUACGUCAAUUGUAUUGUUCUAGUUUUCCUUGCCUGAGAUGCCAGAGCGUUUUCCAGCAUCCAGAUAGUUCAGACUGCACACUCUGCUUCUAUACAAAGGUACAACUUAAAAUAGUCUCCAUCACAAGCAGUGCACACACGCGCCAUUGUUGAACCCGACUCUGGAAUCCUCUUUGAAAUUUUCCUUUGUUGCAGUUGAUGGUCUCCUGCUGAGCUCCAGAAUGUUUCAGAGAUCUGACACUAUUGACAAGAGCAAGGUGUACAGACGGAUGAAGAAGUUUAAAUAACGGAAAACCAGCGCUAAAGAAAAAAAAAAACAGUGCGAGACCGUUAACUGUGACAAAGAGGGUGUACUUAAUUAAAACGAUUUUUGCGAGAUUUUUGUUUGUUGUAUUUUAGCUACUGAGUUUCAAAACACCGCUUCAAAUUAAAAUGCCAUGCUAUGUUGUAAACGUGUGACUUGGUGAAUGUUGAAUGUAGCGGACAGUUCCGUUACACGAUAAAGCUACGUUUAGCUGGUGCUAUAGGCUGCAGCAAUCUAUAUCGUAUACAUAUAUACAGAUUUUCUGUAUAUAUAUACACUCAGGAAACAGUCACCAUUAAUUUUUUUUUUUGUUGCCCUGAGCCAUGUUAAAAUAAAUUCACAUUUUUUUAUGAGAUUAAAUUAUCCCGUCUCCUGCGGUCAUGUGAAAACCUUACUCUCAGUUAAGUAUGUGAGAAGUCGAAUAAGCACUAUACUAUAUAUGCAUAAUAUAUACUUUAUGGUAUAUAUAGUAUAUAGUAUUUACUUUAUACUUUAUAGUAUACUUUAUUCUUAUUUAUAAUCCAGAGUAUACAAUAUAAGAUCUUUAUAUAGAAGAGCUUUGUUUUUUUUCCCCCUCUUUGCCUUACUGUAUAUUUAAGCAAAUUACUUUUCUGUAGUUCUUUCACUGUUCAUGUUAUCUUAUUAGUCAAGGUAAAUGUGUGUUUAAACAUGAUUGAAUGCUGUGUGUUGAUGUUGGCUUUUUUUUUUAACAGUGUCCCGAAAGAAAUUUGCAAUAAUAACAGAAGGUAUAAAAAAAAGCUUUUAUUAUCCUGUUUGUAUUUUUGCUCAGUGUGUAUACUUUAAUUUGAUUCAUGUAAUGUGGAAAAAGGUUGUAUGCUAUUCUUUUUAAAUAAAAACCUAUUUUCGCUUGUGUUUCUGACAAAA